GGCAGAGCUGUCUGCAAUAUAUCUUCACCAGAGAGAGAGAGAGAGAGAGAGAGAGAGAGUGUUUAAGAUGAUGAGAGUGGCGGUGAUCGGAGGGGGCAUCGGCGGACUGGCGGCGGCUUGCGCUCUGGCCAGGGCCGGCGUUGAAGUGGUGCUGUACGAGAAGGAGGAUUACUUGGGCGGCCAUGCACGCACCGUUUCCUUCGACGAUGUCGUCUUAGACCUUGGCUUCAUGGUCUUCAACCGGGUAACAUAUCCAAAUAUGAUGGAGUUCUUUGAGAGUCUUGGAGUUGAAAUGGAGGCAUCUGAUAUGUCCUUCUCAGUGAGCUUAGACAAUGGCCAGGGCUGUGAGUGGGGGAGUCGAAAUGGUUUUUCAAGUUUGUUUGCGCAGAAGAGUAAUGUGUUGAAUCCAUACUUUUGGCAAAUGCUUCGUGAAAUUGUCAAGUUCAAGGAUGAUGUCAUCAAGCUUAUCAGAAGGGAGCUCAUGACCAUCUAUUACCUGAUCGGGAUUGGGCGUGGACUCAUGGUUGCUCGGAGCUAUCACCGGUUCCGACUCUCUUGGUGCCUCAGGUACUUGGAAAAUCUGGAGAACAACUCAGACUUUGAUCGCAGUGAAACCUUGGGAAAUUUCAUCAAUUCUCGUGGUUACUCCCAAUUGUUUCAGAAGGCUUAUCUUGUUCCAAUAUGUUCUUCAAUAUGGUCCUGCCCUUCUCAAGGAGUAAUGAACUUUUCUGCUUUAUCUGUUCUAUCCUUUUGCCGCAAUCAUCAUUUACUCCAGCUAUUUGACCGACCACAGUGGCUUACCGUGAGAUGGCGUUCCCGUUACUACAUUAAUAAGGUUAGAGAUGAGCUGGAGAGCAGAGGCUGUCAAGUAAGAACUGGUUGUGAAGUGCAUUCUGUUUCAACACUUGAUGAUGGUUGCAGUGUACAUUGUGGAGAUGGGUUGCAAGAAAUAUACACCAGCUGCAUUAUUGCUGUCCAUGCCCCAGAUGCUCUAAAGAUAUUAGGAAAACAAGCAACGCAUGAUGAAAUGAGAGUACUUGGUGCUUUCCAAUACUAUUACAGUGAUAUUUUCCUACAUCGUGACAAAAAUUUAAUGCCCCAAAACCCAGCAGCAUGGAGUGCAUGGAAUUUUCUUGGAGAUACAAACAAUAAAGUGUCUGUGACCUACUGGCUCAAUGUGCUUCAGAACAUUCCUGAGACAAGUCUACCUUUUCUUGUGACACUCAAUCCAUCUUAUACACCAGAACAUACCUUGCUUAAGUGGUCAACUGGGCAUCCUAUUCCAUCUGUUGCUGCUUCAAAGGCUUCACUUGAGCUUGAUCAUAUUCAAGGGAAGAGAGGAAUAUGGUUUUGUGGGGCAUACCAGGGCUAUGGCUUCCAUGAGGAUGGAUUGAAGGCUGGAAUGGUUGCUGCACAUGGCAUGCUUGGGAGGAGUUUUUCUGUUCUGAACAACCCAAAAUAUAUGGUACCUUCUCUGAUGGAAAGAGGGGCUCGCCAUUUUGUUACGAGGCUCCUCAGACGUUAUAUCUCUACUGGUUGUUUAAUAUUAUUGGAAGAAGGAGGCACAGUUUUUACCUUUGAAGGAUCCAGAAAAAAAUGUAUCUUGAAAACUGUUCUGCGAGUUCACAAGCCUCAGUUUUACUGGAGGGUUGCUACGCAUGCUGAUUUAGGCCUUGCAGAUGCAUUUAUUAAUGGAGAUUUUUCUUUUGUUGAUAAAGAUGACGGUCUUCUAAAUCUUAUUAUGAUAUUAAUUGCAAACAGAGAUUUGAAUUCUUCUAUUUCAAAGUUCAAUAGAAAAAGGGGUUGGUGGACACCAUUGUUUCUCACAGCUGGAUUAGCAUCUGCAAAAUAUUUCCUUCGGCAUGUUUCAAGGCAAAAUACUCUUACACAAGCUCGUAGAAACAUCUCUCGUCACUAUGACCUGAGCAAUGAAUUCUUUGCCCUGUUUUUGGAUGAAACGAUGACUUACUCCUGUGCAGUAUUUAAGAUGGAUGGCGAAAACUUAAAAGUUGCGCAACUGAGAAAAAUAUCUCUUCUUAUUGAAAAGGCAAGAAUUGAGAAUAAGCACGAAAUUCUUGAGAUUGGGUGUGGUUGGGGAAGCCUAGCAGUUGAAGUUGUCAAAAAAACUGGAUGCAAGUACACUGGUAUCACCCUGUCUGAGGAGCAACUGAGAUAUGCCGAAAUGAAAGUGAAGGAAGCUGGCCUUCAGGACAACAUUAGGUUUCUUCUUUGUGACUAUCGCCAAUUGCCCAAGACCAACAAAUACGACAGAAUUAUAUCUUGUGAGAUGAUAGAAGCUGUUGGCCAUGAAUUCAUGGAGGAGUUUUUUGUUUCCUGUGAAUCUGUAUUGGCAGAAGAUGGGCUUCUUGUUCUACAGUUCAUAUCAAUACCAGAUGAACGGUAUGAUGAGUACCGGCAAAGCUCUGAUUUUAUAAAGGAAUAUAUAUUCCCUGGUGGAUGCUUGCCUUCAUUAAGUAGAGUAACAUCUGCCAUGGCAGCUUCAUCCAGACUUUGUGUGGAGCAUCUGGAAAACAUAGGAAUACAUUAUUUCCAAACACUGAGAUAUUGGAGGAAAAAUUUCAUGGAGAAGCAGAGCAAAAUCCUUGGGCUGGGGUUCGACAAAAGGUUCAUCCGGAUGUGGGAAUACUAUUUUGAUUAUUGUGCAGCUGGUUUUAAGUCGCGCACGCUCGGAAAUUAUCAGAUUGUAUUCUCACGUCCUGGCAAUACUCCUGCAUUUGGCAAUCCAUACAAGAGUGCACCUUCUUCUAACUGAUGGUGCCCGCUGCCCACCAAAGAUAGAUUCUAAUUCAAAGUAAGCUUGGCCUCAUUUCUGCUGCUGCUCCUAUUCCUCCUGCUACUGCUGCUGCUGCUGGGCUCAUCCUUUUUCUCAUCAUCAUGCAUAAUAAUGAAAAAAGGCAGACCUGAAUUUUGAGCAGAAGGUAGCCCAUCGUAACUGAGCGGUAGAGAUUGCUCAAAAUUCAUUUCCUCAAAAUGUUUGAACAAACCUGCCCCUUGCGUAUUUCAUCUUUGUUUUUAUUCAUUCAUAGAAAAAAAUAAGACUUGCAUAAAUUAAUGGCUAUGAUUGACAAAAUGGUUAUGGUAGUGAAUGGCACAAGCAGACUGAGUCUUUUAUUUUA